AUGGCGGCUAAGUCGAGCUCUCUGCUCCGGCGAGCUCUGCUCUACGUCCCGGCGUCCUCACCACGCAUGCUCACCAAAUCCCUGGGCUUGAGGUCUGACAACAUCACCUAUGACCUGGAGGACUCGGUGACCCCCAAGGCGAAGCCCGAAGCCCGGAAGGCUCUGCGGGAACACCUGCGCUCGCUGCCGGCGCGGCCGCAGUCCGUGUCGGAGCUCGCGGUGCGGAUCAACGCCGUCUCGACGCCGUACGCGCUCGACGACCUCACAAGCCUCGCCCCGCUGCCCAACCUCGACGCCAUCGUGAUCCCCAAGGUGAACUCGGCCUCCGACCUCACCUUUGCCACCGAUGCCUUGCGGCACUUGGCGCCUGAGCGCCACGCUGGCGGGGAUGGCAGCAACCCCGUGAAGCUGAUCGCGCUCAUUGAGUCGGCGCAGGCCAUCAUGAACUUGCGCGAGAUCUGCGCUGCGUCUCCCUACCUCAGCGGGCUGAUCUUUGCCGCCGAAGAUUUUGCGUUAGACCUCUCCAUCACACGGACGCCGUCGCUUUCAGAAUUCUUGUAUGCCCGUUCCGCGAUAGCGACAGCGGCUAGGGCAUACAACCUGCCCAGCACCAUAGAUCUAGUUUGUACAUCGUACAAGGGCGACGAGGGCAUCAGGAGACUAGAAGAAGAGUGUGCAGGUGGCAAGGCCAUGGGCUUUAAUGGUAAGCAAUGCAUCCACCCGUCGCAAGUUGAGACGGUGCAAAGACUCUUUGCGCCGGAGGAGAAAGAGGUUGAAUGGGCCGUACGGAUUGUGAUUGCAGAUGAGAAGGCCGCGCAGGCCGGAAGGGGUGCAUGGACGCUGGAUGGAGCCAUGAUUGAUGCACCAGUGGUGGGAAAGGCGAGAGCAAUAGUCACGAAGGCAGAAGCAUGUGGUCUAGACGUCAACGCUAUCCGGGAAAAGUGGAAGGACCAAGAACCAGAAUGA